CAAACAUCUACACUUUCGUGAUUGAAUCCAACAAGUAACAUCAACAUUUUUUUUUAAAUUAAUUAAUUUCACCGAAACGACGCCGUUUAGUUUGAAACCGAAAAAUCGAUUAUCCAAUCAGACCAUCAUAAUUUUUAAAUUUUGCCGAAUUCGUCCAAUUUUGACUGCCACUUCAUAUCGAGAAUAUUUCAAUCAAUUAUGUAUCCCGUAUCGUUAGAACCCGAUUGUACCCUCCAGCAUACCACGGGUUUGAUUUGAUGGUUUAGGUUUGGAGCAUGCAACUCGAGUGGGUGACCGACUGGGCAAUGGAACUAAUCAAUCAGCCACUCUUUUGCGACCAACUAUUCUCUCAUAAUUUAUGUCUUUCACAUGGAAAAAGAAAACAAGACAAAAAGGGAAAAUUGGGAAGGUUGGAUCAGGUAAAUGGCUAAUCACAAAAGUAUUGUGUGUGGAAAAGGUGAUCAACAGACAUUGUGACCUACCCAACCCAACCCACAUUUGAGUUGUGGUUUUUUUUACUCGUUAUCUUAUAGCGUGUUACGACUUAAUCAUUGUCUUUAAUUGUAAAAUAAAAUUUUAGGAUUCAUCAUUAAACCCUAUCAUAAUUUUCAUGUACGUACUUAAAGAAGAACUCAAUUGACAUAGCUGGAACAAUCUCGAGGCGUAUAGACUCUAAACGGAAAGGCGGAGGACAUUUUUGAACAAGAUUGAAAUUUGGGUAAUCGAAUUCGACAAAUUAAAAGAAAACCCAGAUUGCAAAAAAAAAAAAAAAAAGUGAAACUUUGAGGACCUAAUAUUUUACCUUCUAUAUUUUUUUUUUUUAACAUAAUGAGUGCAUUAUUGUACUACUGAAUCAGUGAUGGAGGUAAGAAGCCAGAAAAGUCCCAUGCAAAUAAAUCUUUUGUCCCUCCUUAACUUCUGAUAGGUAAAGUGGCCUUCUUUCUCUUCAAAAGAACAAAGAGGAUGCAGUCUCAUUGAAAUGUAGCCCAUACGCCAUUAUUGCAUCCUCAUAAAUCUCCAGCCGAUCCAUACCAAAAUAAUGCACUUGAAGCCUCUUAAAAUUGGAACUGGUAACAAUGCUUCACUUGGUUGAGAGAAUACCAAGAUAUUUUGCUAAAUAGAAAGCAAGAAAACACUACUGCAGUCCUGGUCGACGAAGGUGAAGAAGCGCCCGCGCCUUAAGAGCACAAAGCAAUUAGUCUCGAUCACCAUUCGAGUUAUAGAAGCUCUAAACGCUCAAUUUCACCAUAAGAUUUUCAUAAUUAAUUCAGGUUCGAAAACGACAUUAAAGAAUGAAGCUCUUGAGUUACGUUUAUGUCUAUUUCGUCCGUCGUAAGAUCCACGAUCAAAUCAUUAUGAUGUACACAUGAUAUGACGUAGUAAAAACAAAUACACGCGAUAAAACCACUUAUUUUUUUCUUGCGUUUGGCAAGAACUUCAAAAGCGGAAAUGAGGCAGUAAAUCAUGGUAUAUGGACAAGAAAGAGGAAAACAGACACGACCAAGCAAAUCCACCAUUUUUGUUGUUUAUUUAUGUAUUUUUCAGUGAACAAAAUCAACCAUUUUCGCGCCAGAAACUUGUGCAUCAAUCAAAUAUGGCAACCACUUUUCCGGGAUAUGAUGUCCAAUCCAACAUAUUUGUCCCCACGAAACAGACAAUUAGUGCUUCACUUUGCUGAUGCUCCACAAUGAGAAAAAAAGCCUUUUCCUUUUCCACAAUGUGCAAAAAUGGUGGAAAGAACAGACGGCGAUGGCAAAGAAGAAGAUAUGGGUAAUAAGGACAGCAGGCUCUAUAAGUUUGCAUAGUCUCACCAUCAUGGUUCUAAAAAGUAUUUGCGUCUAAACACUUGUUUGACCUUGUCUAGACACUGUAUAAAAGGAAGAUAUCCGGGUUUGGUCAUAAGCAUCCGGACAAGGCGUCUUGAGCAUGUUGUGGCUCUGGUGGCGUUUAGAUAGCACUGAGUUGCACCUCAAAACAACGUAACGAUAUCUCUUUUCUAUUUUUUGAUAUGCUAUUAGGUUACGGAGAAAUCAGGUCCAUCCUCCCUUUUCCUUCUCCCCCCUCCCGAGUGUUGCUAGCCGUUAGGCUAGAGUUAGAGACGACCAUCUUUAUUCUUUAGAGUGACUUCUUCGUUCUUUUUCCCCCCCGCUUCUUCUCUCUCAAUCUGCUCCGCUAUUUUCCAACUUCUUCUUCUUCCUUUUCUGUGUGUACCGUGUGUUGUUGAUGAGGGUUUAGAAAUGAGAGCUAGACGCGAUGAUAUUAGUUCAUAACCUUGUGAUUCUAGACAAAGCCCCAAUGUCUGCCUUACGCCUAACACUUUCUUGAACCUUGCUCACAAUAUCUACCUCAUAUCAAAAUCACUUUUUUUUACUCCCUUACUAUAUAAUUUCCUUCACUACUUGCUAGUAAAAAUCUCAUCCUUUGGUUUUGUUUACUCGAAUCAAAUGCUAAAAUAUUGCGACAUUAUGAACAUGGAAGAGAAGUACAAAGAACCGAAAACCUAAGAAGAAAUAGUUACUAGCCACACAUUCAUGCCUAUUCAUUCUUUAGCCAAGCACAUUGAUCAACAAUCUUGCCCCCUCAGCCAAGUUAACCAUGAUUCAUCAAUAGCCCUAAUUGUUACCCAAUACUAUUGAGAAACCAGUUUCCAAAUAUGUUAUAGCUCAUGUUCAUUAUCUUAGAGAAUUCACACUAUCUAGCUCUAAAUUGGGUCGUCAUUCAUCUAAAGUUGACUAGAGUCUAUGUGAGUUCGUAUGUGAAUCUGGAAACAAAAAGUUUGAUCAAGAUGAGACGAGUGAUUAUUAUGUUAGUAUUCUACAAAUUCAGUGACAAAUUCGUUAAAAAUUAAAGCUUGAUUACUAAUCUGUUAAUGACCCCAAAGUUCAUGACCAUUUGUGUAAUUAACUCUGAUACAAACAAAACCGUCUAAACGAGGCGUCGUUUUGCUCAGAAUUUUGCAGAACAAAAGACACUUCCUCUUCCUCCGUUUUUGUUUCAAUUUUAGGGUUUAAGAACAAAACCCACAAAACUUCGGAAACAAUUUCUGCAGCUGAGCAGCCGAAGAAGCCAUAGCAAUGGGAACUUGGUUGGCUUCCUCCCGUGUCUCCCCUUUGAUUCUAAGGUCCAUUUCAAGAAACCCUAGAUCAGUUUGUUCCCAAGCUGAACUCCCCAAGAAGCCCGUCCCAGAAUCUGAUUCUCCUCCACAGAAUCUCAAAUCAAGCUCGGAUUCCCCCGAUGAAACUUCCCCAGAACCCCAUUUCCCCGAAAUCGCAACUUCAGGAUGUAAAGACUCUGUCUUGACGCAAGCGGACGUGAUAAGCAGCCUUCUCAGCCGUAAAAACGAUCCCGAUUCAGCUCUGCAAUACUUCAAGUGGGCGGAGAGGAGACGCGGGCUUGUAAGAAGCAUUGAUUGGAUAUGCAUUCUGCUUCACAUUCUGGCGAAAGAUCCCGGGACUCGUCGGCAUGCACAGAAUCUGCUCAAUCAGUUGGCUUCUGGCGAUUCAGGUCCGACUCCCAGUAUCGUAGUUGAUCAUUUGGUUCAGUGUCCAGAAAGUUUCGGUCUUGAUCCGGAUCCCCUGGUUUUCGAUUACUUGUUGAAUAGUUAUGUUAGAGCUGGAAGGCUUGAUUGUGCCAUAGAUUGUUUUAAUUCAGUGGUGGGUCGUGGUAUUUUCCCGUCACUGCCAUUUGUGAACUUAGUCUUGAGGGAAUUGGUUAACAGUGGCUUGAUUCGUGAGGCUCACGAUGUCUACGAUAAAAUGGUUGCGAAUGGCGUGGAAGGGGAUAGUGUAACGGUUAAAAUUUUGAUGCGUGGCUGCUUGAAGGAAGGUAGAGAUUCGGAAGCUAUUGAGUUUUUUAUGAAGGCGAAAGAGAAGGGUACUGAGCUUGAUGCUGUGGCAUACAGCCUUUCCAUUCAGGCUGUUUGCAAGAAGCCUGAUGCUAAGUUAGCGUGUGAGUUGUUGAGCGAGAUGAAAAACAAAGGAUGGGUUCCAUCUGAGGGUACUUUUACCACAGUCAUUGGGUCUUGCAUGAAGCUUGGGACUAUGGCUGAAGCUUUGAGACUUAAAGAUGAGAUGGUGAGUUGUGGGAGGUCGGUGAAUGUGGUGGUUUUUACGAGUUUGAUUAAUGGUUACUGUAAGCUAGGCCAAUAUGAUAGUGCCUUGGAUCUCUUUUAUCGAAUGGGCGAGUCAGGGGUUGCUCCUAACAUGGUGACAUACUCAAUAUUGAUUGAUUGGUCUUGUAAGAAUGGGAAUAUGAAUAAAGCUUGCGAGCUUUAUGGACAGAUGAAGAAGAAAGGCAUUCGACCAAGUGUGUUCACUUUCAACUCCUUGCUACAAGGACUCUUGAAGAAAUGUUCCCUUGAAGAAGUGAACAAGUUGUUUGACGAGGCAGUUGAAGAUGACAUUGCUGAUGUCAGCACCUAUAACUGCUUAUUAUCAUUCUUUUGUAGUGAGGGCAAAGUAGACGAAGCACAACAUUUGUGGGGAAAGAUGUUAAGCAAAGGUAUCACACCUACCAUUGUUUCAUACAACAACGUGAUUCUUGGCUACUGUAGAGUAGGUAACUUGGAUAAGGCAUGCAGUGUGUUGUCCCAGCUCCAGGACUCGGGUAUCAAACCUGGUGUGAUCACUUACACAAUUUUGAUAAAUGGCUAUUUUAAGAAAGGUGACCCUGAAAGUGCUUUCAACAUGUUUGACCAGAUGUUGAUUGAGAACAUUCCCCCUUCAGAUUACACAUACAAUUGUUUAAUUACUGGGAUGUGCAAAGCAAGUCAAACAUCUGAAGCACAAGUGAGGCUAAGGAAGUUUGCAGAAGAAAACGGGUUUGCUCCUUCAGCUUUAACUUAUAACACCAUCAUUGAUGGAUUUGUGAAGGAGGGUGAUAUCAAUUCUGCAUUGGCAGUUUACGGAGAGAUGUGUGAAGGUGGUCUUUAUCCAAACGUUGUCACUUAUUCUACAUUGAUUAAAGGCUUAUGCAAAAGCAAUAACUUCGAUUUUGCUUUAAAGAUGUGGCAUGAUGUGAAAAGCAAAGGACUUCACCUGGAUGUUACUUUGUACAGCACUCUGAUAGAUGGAUUUUGCAAGAAAGUAGACAUGGAGAGUGCAUGGCAGUUCUUCUCUGAACUCCUUGAGGUUGGGCUAUCUCCGAAUACUGUCGUCUACAAUAGCAUGAUAAGUGGCUUCAGGAAUCUUGAUAACCUGGAGGCAGCACUCAAGUUGUAUAAGAGAAUGCAAGCUGAGGGAGUUCCUUGUGAUCUUCGAACUUACACGACAUUGGUUGAUGCUUUCCUGAAAGCGGGCGAACUAGUAUCUGGUAUUGAUCUUUACACUGAGAUGCUUGCCAAAGGCUUUGUUCCUGACAUAGUAACAUAUGGUGUCCUAGUAAAUGGGCUUUGUAAGAAAGGACAGAUUGAUAAUGCACAAAAGAAGCUGGAAGAAAUGGAUAGGAAGGGCAUCACUCCAAACGUUCUCAUUUACAACACUCUAAUCGCUGGACACUUUAGAGAGGGAAACAUACAGGAGGCAUUUAGACUGCAUAAUGAGAUGCUUGACAGAGGUCUUGUUCCAGAUGAUACUACUUAUGAUAUGCUUGUUAGCGGAAAAGUGAAGGGACAACGUUCAACAUCAACUCCUGGGGCUAGCACAGCUGUGAAGAUGUGAACUCCCACUGAUCAUAUUUACACUCCAGGAGUUGAACUUGUUUGUAAAUAUAGAUGAGACCGUGGAAUUCAUCAUGCAGCCAAAUCUUAUGUCAACCAUACAGAAGUUCCAUAGUAGUCGUUUUUCGGUUAGCAGAUGGUAGCUCGUUCAUUUAAUUGCAUUCUCAAUUUGGCUCAAGUUGUAUGACUUUUAAGUGCUGAUUUUCCUUAAAAAUUACCCAAAGUUACUGUAGUCCCUGAUCCUUCCUUUCCAUUUGUAGCCUGUAGGCACUGAUGAAAAGUCAGGCACGUAUGCCUCUCCUGAUACCAAUGCCAUUGAAACUAAGAAGGCAAAGAGCGGUCAGCAAGUGUUCAGGGACAGGUGAAGAUAAAUACAGAUGCGGGCGAACUCUCUGCUGGUGGUAUUGGUUUGGAUGUUGUGAUUCGAGCAGAUGAAGGCAAGUUUGUGUUAGCUGCGGCUAAGAAUCUCCAAGGACAGUAGAGUAUGGAAUAUGCAGAAGCUUGAGCUAUGGAAUUUGGGAUGCAGCUGGCUGCUCAAUUCCAGCUCAUGAACCUUGUACUGGAAGCGGACUGCCGGAGUUUAAUACAGAAACUGGAUAAAGCAUUCAAACGUAGCUUGGAGUUAUCUGUAGAAAUACCCAACGUCUAGUUCAUGAAAUGGGAGACAUGAGAUGGGAACAUAUCCGACGUGAUGCAAACAAGGCGGCUCAUUGUAUGAUUCAUAGUAGAACGGAAUGGGAUGCUCCAGUUGUUUGGGUAGAUAGGUCACCUAUCUAUUUAGUUCAUCAUCUGUUGCUCGAUAAUGUAACCUCUUCUUCUGAGUAAUAAAGAAACAGGAUUACA